AUGACACGAUGUAUAAGUAAAAAAAUGCUUUUGGAGGUGGAUGCGCUAUCCUUGAUCUACUCCCCUCAUCUUUAUAUGUCAUAG